AGCUCGCAGUUGCUCCCCCUGAGAUCUGCAGCAUUCGUCAUCAAUGGGCAACUUCGUGUCCAAGAUCAACUCAAACCCAAAGCUGCAAAAGGCAAAAGUCAGCACAAACAGCAGCGAAUGCACAGACACAUGUUUGACGCAUCGUGUGCGUGUGUGUGUGUUGGUUGCAGACGAAGCUGACGAAGUUGGCCAAGGAUGUGUAUUGGUUGGGCAGCAACACGGUGUGGGUGGCCAUCACGGCCUUCAUCGUGCUGGGCGUGCCGGUGUUUCUGCAGUACGAGAAGGAGUGCCAGAUGUUCGACAUGCAGGCCAACAUGAUGCAGCAGCAGGCACAGGCAGUAGAGGCAGCCGUGUCGGCCGUCAAACAGGGCCAGCCUGUGUGAUUGAGGUGGCAAGUGGUUGGAUUGGUGUAAGUGGUUGUAUAGAUGGUGGGUGGGUGAGGUGCCUAACUGUCCGUUUUGUGGCAGACGCGCCGUACACGAGCACACUGCUGGGGUGUAGAGAAUAUCAUUGACUGCGUGAUAUUCAUGCUGCUGCAGUGGAAGGAUGAUACGUGUCAACGAGUGCUGCCGGUGUGUACACCACAUCCAUCUGCCUUUCUUCUUCCUUGUGUGCACAUGGUGACUUGACUUGCAGUCGACGUGAAUGCUCCUACUUUCUGUGUACAGCAGCACUGGCAAA